AUGCUGCUCUUCACUGCUAUCGACUCCGCCGCCGAGAAGGGAUCCUCUUCGAGCAAAUCCUCCACCAAGUCCAAAGACCAUUUCCCCCUCCCUGACGUCCAUAUCUCUCACGCCGGGGAUGCAGAAAAGGCGGAGAAGGCAUCAGCGGGUGUGUUGAUCAUAGAGGAGGGCAACGCGGUGCGGGAGGCGCGGACACGGGUCGGACGGUGGACACAGCACGCGACGCGGCGGCUCGCUGCGUUGGGGCUCGAGAUGGAAGGGAUCGAGCCAAUACCAGACUCGCAGCGGACAGAUAAGAGGUUGUAUCAGUUCUUCUUCGUGUGGUUCUCGGCGAAUGCGAAUAUCCUCACACUCAGCGCGGGGACUGUUGGACCUGCGUUUUACGGUCUGGGCAUCCGGGAUUCUUUCUACCUCAUCCUCUUUGUCGAUCUCAUUUCCUGUGCCUUUCCGUCGUUCUUCGCGAUUUUUGGGCCCAAGCUGGGCACACGAUCCAUGGUUGCUGCAAGAUUCUCGUGGGGAUAUUACGGCGCAGUCAUCCCCAGUAUCCUCAACGUUCUUUCGAUGCAAGGCUAUCUGGUGAUCAACACCAUCGUUGGUGGACAGACACUUGCUGAGGCCUCACCACAUCUGGAUGCUACUUUGGGCAUCGUGAUCAUCGCGUUAAUUUCCCUCAUUAUCACAUUCUGUGGUUGCCAGGUUCUCCACUGGUACGAACUCCUCAUAUGGAUCCCCAACGUCAUCGCCUUCAUCGUCAUGCUCAUCGUUGGUGGCCACCAACUAAUGAGCGCGCCUCUCAUAAAUCCCGCCGGACCUGCUUCCGCCGCCGCGAUCAUGACCUCUGGUGCCUCCCUCGCGGUCACCGUGGUCAGUUGGUCAACACUGACGCCCGAUUAUGGCGUGUACCACGACAAGAAUGCGUCCGCGUGGCGCAUAUUCUGGUAUACCUACUUAGGCUUCUUGAUAUCCUCCGUUCCCGCGCACAUGCUAGGCGCGGCCUUCGCCGCGGGCGCAACCGUGGUACCUGCGUGGUCCGCGGGACUCGGGGACGGCAACGACGUCGGUGGGCUCGUGGCCGCCGUCCUCGCGCCGACGGGCCGCUUCGGGAAGUUCCUGCUCGUGCUGCUCAGCUUGACAGCCCCGAGCGCGUGCGCGCCGACGAUGUAUACCGUCUGCAUGAGCUUCAUGACUGUACACCGCGCGUUCGCGCGCCUGCCGCGCGGCGUCGUCGCCAUCGCAUCAACAGCCGUGCUUAUCCCGGUCGCGAUCGUCGGCGCACGGAGCUUCUACGAGACGUUCGUCGAUAUCCUUGCGCUCAUCGGAUACUGGCUCGCGCCCUUCCUCGCCGCCGCGCUCACCGAGCACAUUCUCUUCCGGCGCACGUACGCCGCGUACCCCGCGCGUGACGCGUGGGACUCCCCGGCGCACCCGUCGCUCCCGCCGCCGUGGCCCGCGCUGCUCGCGCUCGCCGCCGCCGUGGGCGCGAGCGUGCUCGGGAUGCAGCAGGUGUGGUGGACGGGCCCGGUCGCCGCGCGCGGGACGGGCGACGUCGGGAUGCUGAUGGGGUUCGCCGUCGCGGUGGGGGCGUAUGCGGGCGCGCGCGCGCUGGGGCGGCGGUGGGGGGCGAGGGGGGCGCCGCGGGUGGUUGUUGCGGCGAGGAGAGUGAUACCAGGGAUGCGCGAUGGUGAGAAGGCGUAG